UGGAGAUGAGGGGGGUCCGGGCCCCCCGAGCGUGAAAGUGUUGUCGGGGAGUGGGGGAAGAAGCGCUGAGUGGCUGGAGUGGGGGAAUGCUGAGGAAGGGGACCCUGGGACAGCUGGGAGCCGAGUCAGAAUCAGGGCAGGAUGAGCCCUGGCAGCCCCAAAACCCCCUGAGCGAGCCGAAGCAGGAGGCGGGAGAGGGGGGAUCCCCAGGACCCACGGGCCCCCCAGCAGCUCUGAGAAGAGGGACCCCCAUAACCCCAAAGGAAGGACACUGGAAACAGGGAAGCCCUGGGACAGUGUUUUUGGACUCCUUGAUUUUUUGGAGGAUUUUAUGGACACCAGACAUGCGGUGACUUUUAGAGAUGGACUUGGACAGCAGGACCUUCAAAGCCAAUGCACUCAUAGAAUGUCUUUCCCACGCCAGGAAUUCCCAGUGCCAGACUUUGGCUGGGUAAAGGAGGAGAAGGCUGUGAGGAAGAGGAGGAUUCCUGCGGAUCCCCAGGCAGACAAGGAGCCCAGGGAGGACAAAUCCCCUCAGCAGAACCUCGUGGAAGAGGCUGUUUUGAGCGGCUCCAUGGCACAGGAAUGCAACGGGGAGGAAAAGCCGCGGAGAUCCCGCCCGAGGAGGGGCUCCAAACCCAUGCCAGGGUGCUCCAAGGAGGAAGGACCCACCCUGUGCCAGGAAGGCAGCCAGAGAUGUGGCCAGAGCUCUGAGCUGGUGGUGCAUGAACAGCUUCACAAUGGCAAGAAGCUGCACCAGUGCUUGGAAUGUGGGAAGAGUUUCUGUGCAAAGUCCAGGCUGCUCCGGCACCAGAAGAUCCACACUGGGGAACGGCGCUGUGAGUGUGGGAAAUGUGGGAAGCGCUUCAGAGACACCUCUCACCUUAUGAUCCACCUGAGAGUCCACACUGGGGAACGGCCCUAUGAGUGUGGGGAGUGUGGGAAGAGCUUCACUAUGAGCUCCAGCCUGAUUGUCCACCAAAGGAUCCACACUGGGGAACGGCCCUAUAAAUGUGGAGAAUGUGGGAAAGGCUUCAGAAAGAGCUUUCACCUGAAACGCCACCAGAUGCUCUGCACUGGAAUCUGACCCUGGGUGUGUGGGCAGUGCGGGAACAGCUUCUGUGACAGCUCUGGCCUGAUCAUGCAGCAGACAGUGCACACUGGGGAAUGCCCCUACACGUGCUCAGAAUGUGGGAAGAGCUUCAUGCAGCACUCCAAGCUGUUUGUCCACCGGCAGAUGCACAGCGGAGAGAGGCCCUAACAGUGUUGUGAGUGUGGGAAGAGCUUGUCCCAGAGCUGUGCUGUGACCCAAGAGCAAUGGAGGCAGCAGGAAGGGAAGCCCUACAAGUGCCCCGCGUGCGGGAAGAGCUUUGUCCGCUGCUCCAACUCCAUCCCCCGUUGGAGGAGCCCAUUGGAUGAUCCCCAGUGAGCCCCAUUGGGCAGAGCCUUGGAGAUCCAUGGUCCUGGUGAUCCAU